CUUCGAUCACUUUCUUAUCUUGAUUAUCUGUAUCCUAAAGCAAAUAUGGUUAAAAAACGAACAUUAGCGUGUAAAAAGGCUGGUAAAUAUAAGCCUAUUAAAACCAAGCCCAUUGGCCAACAACGCAAUAAAG